CCAUAAAUGAACAUUUUUGUGCUGUUAACAUUUCAGCUGCCCCUACUACACCCAGAUCCCCUCCAACUGCCAGGUUGUGAAGCUGGCCGGCGACUGCUGUAACAGCCUCCAGUGUGACAACACCACCGUCGACAACACAACCGUCACCAAUAGCACGUGUGGCAACAAGCUGGGAGAAACCUGUGAUUACUAUGGGGACAGUGCCUGCGUGGGUUUGUUCGAGCCUUGGGCACGUGCUAACUGCGCUCUUCGAUGCGGAUAUUGCGACUACAAAGAGCCGUGUGUGGACCGCCUGUCCUACUGUAACCUGUACGACCUCGUGGACGCCUGUACAACCUACGAGGGCUGGGCGAGGCACAACUGCAAGGCCUCCUGCAACAAGUGCGCAGGGCCGUCUACCGCCACCCCCAUGGUCUCAACCGAGGCGCAAACCAGCCCUGUGUUCACACAGGAAACAACCACCACCACUGAGCCAUCAACCAGCACCCCCCCUUGCGCAGACCACCGAAACGCCGGUAACGACCGAAAAGGGCACCGCCGACAAGAACCACGACGACGGAUGGCGCUCCACCCACUAG